AUGGCACAUAGUCGACAAAGCUCUUCGGCACCUUUUCGAGUUCCUCGACCAACCACCCAUUCAGAUGUGGAGGAACUAAGCUCAACCCAAGUGGAUCCUAAUUCUAGGACUCGCCAUGUACGUUGGAGUGAUGCAAUGGAUGGUUGUAUGAUAACUGCACUAUUACAUCAAGUGUUGUCUAGUCACAAAAGGAGUGACAAUGGUCUUUCAUCAUUUCAUGUGUCCAAAGCAAUUGAGAGCGUGUACAAUGGAUGCGGAGUCGUGGUGUCAGAUAAGAAUGUAAGGGCACGAUUGAAGACUAUAAAAAAAGAAUAUCUUGAAGUUCGUCAGUUGUUAAGUAUGAGUGGUUUUGGAUUGGAUCCUAGCAAUGGACGUGUCACAGCUGAUAUACUAGCUUGGAAGGAGUAUUUGAAGGAGAUCGCGCUGUACCGGCAAUGA